CAAACGGAAACAUCCAGAGUAUACGACUCACACAGAUGAGAAGCGAUUCAAAUCCGAAAUAUCCAAGGAAGAUUUUGUUGCGCCACCGAGUUAACAUAUGAAGACUCAUACCGGUGAGAAGCCGCUCUCUUGUUUGGAAUGCGCAAUGAAUCUCACUCGGGUAGAGUAUCUAAAUGAACAUAUAAUGAUUCAUAUCGGUAGGAGGCCGUUUUCUUGUUCGGAAUGCACGGCAAAUUUCACCACAUCAGGGAGUCUGCGUAGACAUAUAAUGACUCACACCGGUAAGAGGCCGUUCUACUGUUCGGAAUGCACAAAUGAAUGAAUUUCACCCGGACGGACUAUCUGAGUAAACAUAUGAAGAUUCAUACCGGUGAAGAGGAUACCCUUGUUCGGAGUGCAAUAAAAGUUUCGUCUGAUUAAAAAUCUGCGUAGACAUAUGAAGAUUCAUGACAAUGAUAGGCCCAGAUUCAAGUGCACUGUAUCCGGUGAA